AUGACGUCAUUUGAUGCUCGGUCACUUGGCAGUUUAGGUGGUAGAUUUGGUGAUUGUGGUGGAUAUGGUGGCGGCAAUGAUUAUGGUGGUGGUUAUGGGGGUUUUGGCAGUGGUGGUUUUGCUGGUUAUCGAGGAGAGUCAUCAUAUGGCUAUUCUAGUUGCUUUGGUUCCUAUAUGGGAGCCCUUGUUGGGGGGUAUGCUGGGAGUGGGUUAGGAACAUAUGGACGUGGAGGUGGGGGCUAUGGCAGCUAUGGUGGUUCAGGCUCCCCUGUUCCUGGUUAUGGAGGACCAGGAGGCUUGUAUGGUGGUAGGGCAGGUUAUGGUGGCAGUAGUCGUUACCAUCCUUAUGCAAGUUGUGGUCUGAUAAAGAGACCUAAGUGCUACAGUUUGAAAAUUAAGAAUGCUGGAAUGAAAAUGACUUCCAACUUCAAGGGGUUGUGA